GCCUCUAAUUCCGGUCCCUGCCUCUUUCUCUCCGGCAGUCGCUCGGCGGUUCUGAGGAGAAUCAGUGAGGGGAAGAUGGUGGCGAAGCAGCGGAUCCGCAUGGCCAACGAGAAGCACAGUAAAAAUAUCACCCAGCGGGGGAACGUGGCGCGGAGCACCAGACCCCUCCAGGAGGAGAGGGCACCGGUGGCACCUUGGUUGUUGGCGCUGUUUGUGUUUGUGGUGUGUGGAUCAGCAAUUUUCCAGAUUAUUCAGAGCAUCCGGAUGGGAGCUUGAAAGACCGUUUUCCUCGCAGCCACAGUUAUUUUGUUUCUCGGACUCUGACCAAUUCCUGACUCUCUUUUGGAUUGCACCAUGAACACUCUUGUCUUGCCAAGUCAUUGAUGCAGGAAAACCUGCAGCCCUAAUCAGUGUUUCCCAGCAAUAAGCAAGACAGGUGCACCUUGUAGACGGCUUUAUAUAAAAAUAUAUAUUAUAUAAGUUAUAGAGAAUUAAAGCAACAUUAAUUCCA